AUGUUGGAGCAAUGUUCGAGAUUUCAAAUGGCCUGUCUCGGUUCUGGCGGGGUUGGUAAAACGUCUUUUAUUAAGCAAUACCUGUACGAAGCACAUUCAGAAGAUCACAAUGAAACCGUUGAGGAGACAUAUAUCCAGACAUAUAAUAUAAAUGGAGACAACAAACGCAUCGAUUUCAUAGAUACGGCAGGAGCUUUUGUCUUUCCAGAAAUGCAGAAAAUUUACAUUGCAAGAGCAGUAGGUUUUAUACUUGUCUAUUCAAUUAACGAUGCAAUGUCAUUUGAAUUAGUCAAAAUUGUUUGGAAACAGAUUAAAUCGAUGCGCAAAGAUAUUCUGAGCAUUCCAUGUGUUAUAGUUGGGAAUAAGGUAGACAUGGAAAACAAAAGAGAGGUCGAAACAUUUGAUGCAUUAGAAUGGGCUUAUAAUGAAAACCUUGGGGGAUGUUUUGUAGAGGUCUCUGCGAAAGACAAUAACGGAAUCAAGAAUGCUUUUGACAUCCUAUUAGAACAGCUAGGGAACACCAGGUCGGAACAGACAGGACCUUUCCGAAUGAGAACUACCAGUUUUACCAGACAUCAGUCUGCAGCAGAUAUUACAAGGAAAAUAUUGCAAAGGAACGUUAAGAUGAAGGCAAACUAUGACAUGGUGUCUCCAUCUUCUAAGUGUUUUCAGAAUCUAGUGUUUGAUAACUAUAAAGAGAAAAAAAUAUACAGGUUAAUAACGCCACAUAGAAAACAUGCUCUUUGUCAUGAUAAACAACAACAGAAACAUUUUUAUCGUUCGAGGAGCGACACAUGGGCGCACAUAGUGAAGAGACAAAGAAACAGUUGCGUGAAAGUGGUACGCAGCAACAGCAUGUCAGUAGAAAACCCUUGCUGCAUGGAAAAAACCAAAGUAGCGUCAAGCAUUCGGAACACAAAUUUGUUAGACUGUCAAGAUCAACAAUCUCUUCAACCAGAUGAUCAAUGUCAUGACAAACAAUCUUCAACUAAAACCAGUCUGUUUAUGGUUAAGUGUGUAUUGCAACUUUGUCGUAAACUGCGUGGUAAAACAAUUAAAUAA